ACCUUCGUCUCUCCUCGGGAGAGCAUUGAUCCUUGGUCUCUUGGAUCAUGCUCUAAUAUUUUUGUAAGAUCCAUACGUACAUGUGGGCAUUAGAUUCGUAUUUUUUUUACCGAGAAUUUUCCACGGUACACGCCCACUUGGGUAAUCUUAAACGGAACAAUAGAAGAACCUACGACUAAUAGAUUGCUUCCUAAUUACAGUUCCUAGUUCUCAGUGGUGAUGAAGAAAUUAAUCAAUAGGUACAAACUUUUGCACGAACAAGCCACAUCAAUUUUAAGUAGAAACCAACGCGCAGAGUUGCAUGCGUGGCCUUGUAGCUUGUAACGCAUGGGCUCAUGUUCGAGGUAGAGGUGUAACGAGCAGCUGCAUAUCUCCCUCUCCAGCUUGAGGCAAGCUAGGCCAUGAACAGUACGAACAAGCCCAUGGCUGCCUCAUCUCAUUCAGGUAGUAGGCUCCUCAAAGCUGUGCUUUUCCUGCUCAUCUUCUCGUUAGGAUUUAUCAUGGGCAUGAUCUCCAUGGCCAACUUCCCUAAUUUCUACGGGUCGCCUUUACUGUCACCAAUGCUGCUAUCAGUAUCCUCCCUUGCGCCAUCAUCAACGCCAAUGCCAACGCCAACGGCGCCAUCACCAUCGCCGGAGACACCGUGCGUGUGGCCACCAUCGCCGCCUAGUCCUACUGAUCCGUCGGCGUCAAUGCCAUCACCAACGGAAAGACCGGCGGCGCCGAUGGGUUUGACGGCGUUUCUUGCGCCGACCAGCGUCGUGCACACCAUGACCGACGAGGAGCUCCUGUGGAGGGCGUCCAUGGCGCCGAAGGUGUCUCGCACGCCGUACAGCCGCGUGCCCAAGGUGGCCUUCCUGUUCCUUGUGAGGAACCAGCUGCCACUGCGGCCACUCUGGGAGAAAUUCUUCGCCGGGCACAACCAGUCUCUCUACUCCAUCUACGUCCACUCGUAUCCCCCUUUUGCUGCCUCGCUGCCCACUGACUCCGUCUUCUACGGCCGCAUGAUUCCAAGCCAGAAGACGACCUGGGGCGACUCGAACCUGGUAGAGGCGGAGCGGCGGCUGCUGGCGAACGCGCUGCUGGACAUGUCGAACGAGCGGUUCGCGCUGCUGUCCGAGUCGUGCAUCCCAAUCUUCGACUUCCCCACCGUGUACGCGCACCUGACGGGCUCCAACGACAGCUUCGUCGACUGCUUCGACAACAACGGCGCCAUGGCGCGGUACAGGCAGGACGUGUUCGCGCCCCACAACAUCACGCAGGCGCAGUGGCGCAAGGGCUCCCAGUGGUUCGAGAUGGACCGCGCCCUCGCCGUCGAGGUCGUCUCCGACGAGGCCUACUUCCCGGCGUUCCGGGGAUGCAGGCACUGCGUCAUCGACGAGCACUACAUCCCGACGCUGGUGAGCCUUCUCCGGUGGCGCCGCAACGCCAACCGGACGCUCACGUACAUGGAGUGGCGGCCGAGGUCGCCGCACCCGAGGAGCCACGGCGCACGGGACGUCACCGAGGAGCUUUUGAGGAAGAUGAGGAGCAGCGCCGCCAACUGCACCUACAACGGCGCGCCCAGUGAUAUCUGCUUCGUGUUCGCGCGCAAGUUCACGCCGGACACGCUUGGCCCGCUGCUCGACCUGGCUCCCAAGGUUAUGGGCUUCGGCUGAGAUACAAAUUUAGAUCGAUCGGUCGUCUGUGGAUGCAUAUCAUGCAUGAUGCACGCUUCAUCAGGUACAUGUUACCAGUCGGAAUGUCGCAUGGCACAUUCUAAGGUCAUGUUACAUUAGGAUGUAGGUGAAAAUCCUACGGAGCAAAUGAGAAAUUUUACGGCCUAAAAUUUUCAUUGAAGAUUUUGAAAUCUAAAGAUAACAGGUUUUACAGUAGAAAAUAUAGUAUCUCCUGAUAUCUUUUCAAGUACGGUGAAAUUACCCGGAGUAUACAUCUCCUACCUCACCUGUACACGCUACUGUGCAUGCUUGUAGCUGUGUAGUGUUCAGAAGAAUUUGGUACCGAAUAGUUAUCGAUAUAUUUACUUUGUGCGAAAAUGCUCUCCAUCGAGCAUCUGACUGGAAGUAAAACAUUGGAUGCUUCCUCGA